AUGGCGUCAGAAUCCAAAACCACAGAUGAAAUGAAGCAUGAUGCAAGCCCGCCACCACGUUCAUCGUCUGCAAAGCCUUCGGUUCACUCAAGAGCCAGCUCAAAACGCUCGUCCUCUUCAAGAUCUUCUGUCAUGGAGGCUGCCGCCAAAGCAAGGGCUACAGCUGAAGCAGCGCUCACCAAGGCAUCUUAUGCUAAGCGACAGUUAGAAAUGAAAAAGGAGAGAGCUAAGCUAGAUUUACAAAAGGCUGCAUUAGAAGCAGAUUUGGAGGCGUUGGCAUAUGAAAGGGAAGCAGAGGCAGCGCGGGUCGAAGCUGAAGUCUUAGAAGCAGCUGUAGCUAUGGGGAAUGACGAUGUACAAAGCCUAAGAAGUGUGGUUUCGCCCAAGUGA